CUGUUCUACGGAGUUGGCGCCAUAGCGAGCCUCCGUGCUGUCUACAGAGCUGUCUCUGAAGAUUUUACACUCUUUGCCGGUUUAAGUGGUUUAACCACGACACAAUGGCGGACAAGGACGCUGCGUUUGAUGAUGCUGUGGAGGAGAGGGUGAUCAACGAGGAGUACAAGAUCUGGAAGAAGAACACCCCUUUUCUCUACGACCUGGUCAUGACUCAUGCCCUGGAGUGGCCCAGCCUCACUGCCCAGUGGCUGCCUGAUGUCACCAGGCCUGAGGGGAAGGACUACAGCGUGCACAGACUGGUUUUGGGAACACACACUUCUGAUGAGCAGAAUCACCUUGUUAUUGCAAGCGUUCAGCUCCCUAAUGAUGAUGCCCAGUUUGAUGCAUCACACUACGACAGCGAGAAAGGAGAGUUUGGAGGCUUUGGAUCUGUAAGUGGGAAGAUCGAGAUUGAGAUCAAGAUCAACCAUGAGGGAGAGGUGAACAGAGCCCGCUACAUGCCGCAGAAUCCUUGCAUCAUUGCCACCAAGACCCCCACUAGUGAUGUACUGGUCUUUGAUUACACAAAGCACCCUUCCAAACCUGAUCCUUCGGGAGAAUGCACCCCAGAUCUGCGGUUGAGAGGCCACCAGAAGGAGGGUUAUGGCCUCUCGUGGAACCCGAACCUCAGCGGCUGCCUCCUCAGUGCGUCUGAUGACCAUACAAUCUGCCUAUGGGACAUCAGCACAGUGCCCAAGGAGGGAAAGAUAGUGGACGCCAAGACCAUCUUCACAGGCCACACAGCAGUGGUGGAGGACGUUUCCUGGCACCUCCUCCACGAGUCGCUCUUUGGGUCCGUGGCGGACGACCAGAAACUCAUGAUCUGGGACACACGCUCCAACAACACCUCCAAACCCAGCCAUGCAGUAGAUGCCCACACUGCUGAGGUCAACUGCUUGUCCUUCAAUCCCUACAGCGAGUUCAUCCUGGCCACUGGCUCUGCCGAUAAGACUGUGGCUCUUUGGGACCUGAGGAACUUGAAGCUGAAGCUGCACUCAUUUGAGUCUCACAAGGACGAGAUCUUCCAGGUUCAGUGGUCUCCUCACAACGAAACCAUCCUGGCCUCCAGCGGCACCGACAGGCGGCUCAACGUCUGGGACCUCAGUAAGAUCGGAGAGGAACAGUCACCAGAGGAUGCUGAGGACGGCCCUCCUGAGCUGCUGUUCAUCCAUGGAGGACACACAGCAAAGAUCUCCGACUUCUCAUGGAACCCUAACGAGCCAUGGGUCAUCUGCUCUGUAUCAGAGGACAACAUCAUGCAAGUGUGGCAGAUGGCUGAAAAUAUCUACAACGACGAGGACCCAGAAGGUGCAGCAGAUUCAGAGGUCCAGGCAUGAGUCCUGUCUCCACAUCUCUUCAUUCAACCUGCUCAUUAAAAAUGGAUCCAUUUUCCAGCGCUGGGUGCAUACGCAGUAAUCUCUUUUUAAAACACAUUUUGGGCAGCAAAGUUUUUUAGUAGAACAUUUAAACAAUA